AAGAGCGCGGGGAGCACUAUCAUUAUCCGCAAGCAUAUAAGGACUGACGUCUAGCCUUGUGAAAUUCAGCAUAUCAGCACAAUCAGACAUAACUUCAAAUUCAACAUAUCUUCUGACAUUCUCAUAAUCAGACAUGGCUGUCAAUAACGGUGCUUAUUUCGACUUUAUCGUCGUCGGAGGCGGUACAGCCGGCAACAUCGUCGCCGCCCGCCUCGCCGAGAACCCCAAUGCCAGAAUCCUCGUCAUCGAGGCAGGCAUCGGGACCUCCAAAGACAACGAAGAGAUCCGUACCCCAGGACUCGCAAUGGACAUCCGAGGCAGCAAAUACGACUGGGCCUAUAAAACAACUAUGAUCAAACGCGACGACUAUGAACGUAUUGAGAAGCCUAAUACCCGCGGCAAGGCCCUUGGCGGCAGUUCGUCGCUGAAUUAUUUCUCUUGGGUACCUGGAUCUAAGGGCACAUUUGAUAUGUGGGAGGAAUACGGUGGAAAAGAAUGGACUUGGGAGCCUCUUGUUCCUUAUCUGAGAAAGAGUGUGACUUAUCAUGACGAUGCUGGAUUAUAUGCCCCUGAACUUAAGAAGAUUGGUGCAGGAGGCCCGAUUCCUAUUGCCCACGCAGAGCUUAUGCCAGAGAUGAAACCAUUCCGAGAACUCCUCACCAAGGCUUGGAAAUCUACCGGCGAGCCUAUCUCUGAGAAUAUCUUUGACGGGACAAUGCGCGGUUUGGUUCAUAGCGUCAACACGAUCUACAAAGGCAGACGAUCGGGCAGUUUCCUUGCGGUUGCGGACAAACCUAACAUCACCAUUUUCCCCGAGGUUCACUCUAAGCGUCUGAUUAUCGACCAAGCAGACCGCAUUGCUAAAGGCGUGACUGUGAUCACAGCCUCUGGGGAGGAGCUCGACCUUUACGCUACCCGCGAGGUCAUCGUAUCUCAGGGCGUGUUUGAGACCCCGAAGCUCCUUAUGCUCAGCGGCAUUGGACCAAAGACCGAGUUAGCCAAGCAUAACAUCCCUUUGCUAGUCGACUCGCCGCAUGUCGGUCAGCAUCUUCUGGAUCAUCCAGGUGUUCCCUUCGUCCUCAAGAUCAAGGAUAGUUACUCCAUGGAUAAUCAUGUCCUGCGCAAGGGCGCUCUUCAGGACAAGGUCAUGUCAGCCUACGCCAAUGGCCAUGCCGGACCAAUGGGAUCACCUUUUCUCGAGAUGAUUGGAUUUCCUAGAAUUGAUUCAUACCUCGAGAAGUCUCCCGAAUACCGCGCCGCAAAAGCUGCUAAUGAUGGUCUUGACCCUUUCUGCCCUUAUGGCCAGCCCCAUUUCGAGCUUGACUUUAUUCCUCUCUUCGGCAGUGCUUUCCAAUGGCACUUCCCGCACCCUAACAAAGGUAGCUACAUGACCGUCAUGGUUGAUCUCGUUCGUCCUGUCUCAGAGGGCGGCGAAGUCACUCUCAACAGUUCUGAUCCCUUACAACAAGCCAAUAUCAACCUGAAUUACUUUAACAACGACCUCGACAUCAUUGCCAUGCGCGAAGGGAUCCGGUUCUCUUAUGAUGUACUCAAGAACGGAGAAGGAUUCAAGGAUAUCGUUGAGGACGAGUACCCUUGGGACAUGCCACUUCACGAUGACGAGGCUAUGAAGAGGACGGUUCUGGAUCGGUCACAGACUUCAUUCCACCCUUGCGGAACGGCUCGUCUCGCCAAGAGUAUCGAGGAGGGCGUGGUGAACCCCAGCCUUCAGGUGCAUGGGAUCAAGAAUCUUCGUGUUAUUGACGCCUCUGUCAUUCCUGUUAUUCCGGACUGUCGUAUCCAGAACUCGGUUUAUAUGGUGGCUGAGAAGGGUGCUGAUGCGAUCAAGCGCGAUCAUGCGGAUCUGUACCAUUGAUUGGGAUUUGGAAGUUCUGACCUAGCUAGUCAAGCAGUCUUGAGAAAGAAGUCCAGCUUACCACUGGGCUCUGGUGUCAUGGCUCAGCAAGAGUAUACCUUACGAAUAUUUCGCAUUGCUACGAUUCCAUAGGCCAGUCUUCUCACCCCCCUCACCUUCAGUUAGGUUUUAUCAUAACCCUGUUUGGUAAAAGUGCAUGACCGUUUCAAGCGUUGGAAAUUAUGGUUGUCACAGACGUAUGCACUGAAAACUGACAAAUAAUGAAUAUUCCUGCUCCUCUCACGAUGUAACAAGCACUGAUCAACAUAUUUGCCGUUACCCGCG